AUGGCGCAGCGAACAGUCCUCGUCACUGGUGCCACCGGCCUGCUGGGCAGAGAAGUCGCCGCCGCCUUUCGGAACAGCAGCGGAUGGAACGUCAAGGGCUCGGGCUACUCGCGCGCAGACGGCGUUGAUAUCAUCAAGCUCGACCUGGAGAGCGGAGCUGAUAUUGCCAAAACAAUAGACGAGAUACGCCCCGACGUGGUAGUUCAUUGCGCCGCGCAACGGUUCCCAGACAAGGUGGACAAGGAUCCAGAGGCGGCACGGACGCUCAACAUUGCCGCCAGCAAGUCGCUCGCCAGCGUCACUGCUGCUCGCGACAUUCUGAUGAUUUACAUCUCCACGGACUAUGUCUUUCCUGGCCGGCCCGGCGAGGCUCCUUACGAAGCCGACGCCACCCCCGAGCCUACUAAUCUCUAUGGCCAGACCAAGCUGGACGGCGAAAAGGCUGUCCGAGAGGAGUAUGCCAUUGCUGGAAAGGAAGGCCUGGGCGUCGUCCUUCGAGUCCCGGUGCUCUACGGCCACGCGGAGACGCCCUCGGAGAGCGCCGUCAACGUGCUCAUGGACAGCGUCUGGAAGGCCCAGACGCAGGGCACCAAGAUCAAGAUGGACCAUUGGGCCAUUCGCUACCCGACCAACACGGAAGAUGUAGGGAGGGUCUGCCACGGUAAGUCUCGUCUCAUGCUGCUCUACAACGUGGCGGUCAAGUACCUCGAUUCGAGCGAUCGCAAGCAUCUGCCCCAGAUCCUCCAGUUCUCCAGCGAAGACAGAGUGACCAAGUACGAGAUCUGCCAGCGCUUUGGCGACAUCAUGGGCUUGUCCAUUGCCAACAUUGAGCCCAACACGGAGGGCAACGACCCCAACGCCAGCGUGCAACGGCCGUAUGACUGCCACUUGAGCACCCGGGAGCUCAAGAAUCUCAACAUCGACGUUUCGACAUGCGAUUUCGUCAGCUGGUGGCGCCGCGAGGUUCGCGCCUUUCGCAAAUAG